UUAUUAUCUAUCACAUCUCUAACAUGGUCCAUGCAUCGGAAAACAUCACUCAACCCGAAGAGCCCAAGCGUACUCGUUCCGGCUCUUUCACUUUACCCAAAGCUAAAGUACUUCGUCCUUUCAACACAAGUGAAGUCAAAAUCUUGUUGUUGGAAAAUGUAAACGAAACAGCUGUCAAGGCAUUUACUAAACAAGGCUAUCAAGUUGAAACAUAUGCUAAAGCUUUGGCUGGUGAUGAGCUUAUUGAAAAAAUUCGUGACGUGCAUGUUAUUGGUAUUCGUUCCAAGACUAAGCUUACCAAGCAAGUACUUGACCAAGCCAAAAACUUAUUGGCCAUUGGUUGCUUCUGUAUUGGUACUAAUCAAGUUGACCUUCAAGCUGCUGCCAAACAAGGUAUUGCCGUCUUUAACUCACCUUUCAGUAACUCUCGCUCUGUUGCCGAACUUGUGAUUGGCGAAAUCAUUAUGCUUGCACGUCAACUCGGUGACCGUAACACUGAAAUGCACCAAGGUAUCUGGAAUAAGGUCUCCAAGAACUGCUUUGAGAUUCGUGGCAAAGUAUUAGGUAUCGUUGGCUAUGGUCAUAUUGGUGCCCAGUUGUCUGUCUUAGCUGAAGCCAUGGGUAUGACUGUUUACUUUUAUGAUGUGCUUCAAAUCAUGCCUCUUGGUCAGGCUAAGCCCGUUGAAAGCUUAGAUGAGCUUUUAGCUAUCUCAGACUAUGUUACCUUGCAUGUCCCUGAAACUGAAGACACAAAGAACAUGAUUGGCGAUCAUGAAAUUCAACAAAUGAAGAAAGGUGCUUACCUCUUGAACAAUGCCCGCGGUACUGUCGUUCAAAUUCCUGCUCUUAUUAAGGGUCUUCAGUCUGGUCAUCUUGCUGGUGCUGCUAUUGAUGUGUAUCCCAAAGAACCUGCUGCCAAUGGUCCCAACUUUGACUAUUAUCCCGAGUUAUUGACCGCAAAGAACUUGAUCAUGACUCCUCAUAUUGGUGGUUCUACAGAAGAAGCUCAAAGCAUGAUCGGUAUUGAAGUCUCCACUGCCUUGACCAAGUUUAUCAAUGAAGGCACUUCUAUUGGUGCUGUUAAUUUCCCUGAAAUUGAUUUGCGUGCUAUCCGUGAAGACGACAAGAACAUGGUUCGUGUUCUUUACAUUCAUCAAAAUAUUCCAGGUGUACUCAGGGAAAUCAAUGAGAUUUUUGCUGACCAUAAUGUGGAAAAGCAAUACUCUGACUCCAAGGGUGAUAUUGCUUAUGUAAUGGCCGACAUUGCUGAUGUGACUGAUGUCAAAAAACUCUACAGUGCUCUGAUUACCACUCGUGCCAAUAUUCAAACUCGUGUGCUUUACUAGUUUUUGUUUUCUUUUGCUUUCAUUUUCUGUAACAUAUCUUUCCCUCUUUGCAUUCAACAUACAUACCCUUUUUUGAUUUUACAAACCUUCAUUUCAUUUGUUCUUCUCAACGAGGAAUUGCUUCAAUAAAACACAGACAAUGGAUUGAUUGUCACACAAACAAAAACAAAUUUUUUAUCAACCACCAA